CAGGAGCAGAGCCAUCCAAAGCAGCAGUAUUCACACUGCAGGUUUACGCUGGAUUUACUAAUAUACGAACCUACAUACAAACAUAUAUACGCACCACCAUAUAGCUCAACACAUGAUAUAUUGCCAAUCUCACUCUCUAUACACUUUGUAUACAAUAACACAGAUACUGUAUACAGCAAUUCAUCACCCACCCCUGCACACACAAUAUACUAACAUACUACAUACAGCACUAAUCUCCCAUCCCUGCACACACAAUAUACUAACAUACUACAUACAGCACUAAUCUCCCAUCCCUGCACACACUAUAUGCUAACAUACUACAUACAGCACUAAUCUCCCACCCCUGCACACACUAUAUGCUAACAUACUACAUACAGCACUAAUCUCCCAUCCCUGCACACACUAUAUGCUAACAUACUACAUACAGCACUAAUCUCCCAUCCCUGCACACACUAUAUCCUAACAUACUACAUACAGCACUAAUCUCCCAUCCCUGCACACACUAUAUGCUAACAUACUACAUACAGCACUAAUCUCCCACCCCUGCACACACUAUAUGCUAACAUACUACAUACAGCACUAAUCUCCCAUCCCUGCACACACUAUAUGCUAACAUACUACAUACAGCACUAAUCUCCCAUCCCUGCACACACAAUAUACUAACAUACUACAUACACAGCUGAUCGCCCACGCCUGCACACACUAUAUACUAACAUACUACAUACACAGCUGAUCGCCCACGCCUGCACACGCUAUAUACUAACAUACUACAUACACAGCUGAUCGCCCACGCCUGCACACACAUACAUUGUAACAUAAACUAACACAACGUUCUACUUCCAUAUACAUCGUUUUUACAGGGGGCGUUUAGCUCCUGGAUGUAGAUUAAAUUCUCUCCAGUCAGACAGAUACACAAGGCUGAUAUCACACAGACAGAGGACGCACUAAGCAUAUGAGUGGCACAUAAAGUGGAUGCAGAUGGCAUACUUGUUUGGAAUAAAGGACCCUCUCAAGAUGAAGCAGUGUUUUUAUAACGAGAGCAUUGAAUUCUUCUAUAACAAUAGUGGCAAAGAAUUAACAAAGGAAUGGAGAACUAAAGACACUCUGGUUGUAGUGCUUGGACUUAUAGUAUGUGUGUUUGUGCUCUUGUUAAACCUUCUGGUCAUCACAGCCAUUAUAAUCAAUCGGCGGUUCCACUACCCCAUCUACUACCUUUUGGGCAACUUGGCGGCUGCUGAUCUGUUUGCUGGGGUUGCCUACACAUAUCUCAUGUUCCACACUGGACCAAGGACAGCUAGUCUCACAGUCAAAACCUGGCUACUUCGACAAAGCCUUUUGGAUACCAGUCUCACAGCCUCAGUUGCCAACCUACUGGCCAUAGCAGUAGAAAGACAUCAAACAAUCUUCACCAUGCAACUCCACACAACAAUGUCAAACCAGCGUGUAUGCAUCCUUAUUGCUUGCAUUUGGAUUACAGCUUUAUUGUUGGGUCUAAUACCAUCAUUUGGUUGGCAUUGUAUGUGUGACAUCGGCAGUUGUUCAAGGAUGGCUCCACUAUACAGUCGGAGUUACCUAAUAUUUUGGGCAGUAUCCAACUUAGUGGCCUUUAUCAUCAUGAUGGUGGUUUAUAUGCACAUCUUCAUCUACGUCAAGAGAAAGAUGACAAGAAUGUCUCAACACACCUCAUUUCAUCCCAAGUAUCGGGAAACCAUGAUAAACUUGAUGAAAACGGUGUUCAUCAUUUUGAGUGCCUUUGUGAUUUGUUGGACCCCUGGCCAAGUUGUCCUCCUCUUGGAUGGUCUUGGAUGCACCCAGUGUAAUGUCCUGGCUGUUGAGAAAUAUUUCCUUCUCCUUGCUGAGAUAAACUCUGUAAUUAAUCCUAUUGUAUACUCCUAUCGAGACAAUGAGAUGAGGAUUACCUUCAAGCGCAUCCUAUGCUUCUGCUGCAACAGGGGGUCAAAAUACUCGCAUUCAGUUAAGUCAACAAAUACGGAGAGGAGAAUAUUGGCUGACAAUGGGCAUUUGGUACGAGACUCUUCCAUUUAGAGUAAUAAUCGCACCUGACUUUUGAGAGCAAGAAGAUUGCACAUGGGGCACUUUCCAAAUAUACCACAAACGAUACAUAAAAGCCUGUUGGACACGGGAUGAGUGGAAUUUUGUCUGGACUCUACUAUGGAGAUCUGUAGUUCCAUUUGUUAUACACCAUCAAGAGGAAAAUGAGUUGCAGAGUUUAGUCAUGGGACUAAACAAUGAUCUUGUUUGGAAAUGUGCACCAGCAUGAACAAAUUUGCAGUUAUAGAGUGGACGUAAUUAUUCACCUAGUAUAUGGAAUUCACGUGACUAUUCGUAUCAGCUGUUACUACUUACAACUGUUGAUGCAACUUUACUUUUGACUUAGAUUUUUUGUCUUCGAUACAAACAAAUUAGAAGUUUUUACCCGUAAAGGUUAAAGAGUUGGCGGCAUAAUUAAUAUCCCCCAUUGCAAAUAGUUUAUUAUAUUGAAUAACAGUAGAAAAUAUGAAUUAUUUUUACAAAGGAUAACAGGAAAUGAAAUAUGGAGCUGCAGGAUGCAAAAGGGAAUGUUUACAGCUUUGUCAUAUUAAUAUUUUAGUCUUUGAUUUUUGAUUGGCUAUCAAACACUGAAUCAAAACAUACAGAAGUUCUGUUUCUCUUUCUCUUGCAUCAAGUAUACCCAUUAUAUUAACUACUUCUCACUGCCCUUUCUUAGAAAGCUCUUUCACCAGGUCAUUCUAAACUAUCCAACUCUUUGGCAAAUCUUUUUGUUUUGAACACUAAGCAAUAUCAGUAGAUUGCUAAAAGCCAUGGUGCAACAAAAAAUAAACAAGAGGAUGUAAAACAGAGGGAGUUGUUAAGUCAUUGUAUGUCAAAAUACAGCUAUUUCAAAAUACACGAGGGAACAGGAAGACGUAAAAUGAUUAAAGAGGAGAAAGUGUUGGGAAAUGUGACGGGGUUUGGUAAACCUGGGAGCUUUGUGGCGAAACGAGACGUUCCCUGCCACCUCUCCCCACCCACCCAAAAAAAUGUUAAAUCUCCAAAGCCUAAUAUUAUGACAACCAUGGGACCUACAUACCACACAGUAUGGGACUGUCUCCUUCCUGCUCCCAAAUGGGCAAGGAAUUGGGGGUGGGGAUCACAAAGGAUCCCAGGUUAACUUGUAGGGCUGUUCGGGAGCAACAGUAAUGAAUAAACAGGUAUAUGUGGUAAUAAAAAAAAAAUUAAAACAUAUAAGUAUGUUUUAGGAUGGCCUAUUGAAAGUUGUUGGAUAGUUUAUACAUGACUAAUGCUGAAU